UCUCUAAUCUGUGGUAAAAAUAAACCUUGUUUUCUUUGUUGAUUUUGAUCCUAGGUAUUAAGAAAAGGAUACUUUAUUACUUUAACUAUUAAAAUUUGUUUUCAUAUACAAUUAAUUUUUUGGACGAAAAUGUCGUGUUAAACGUAAAAAAUGUUAUUGUUCUGUUUAAUUACAAUAACAGUGCCAGACAUUUUUAUUGCCUAUUAGGGAGGGACACAUUUAAAAACAGCAAAAUGACAGAAGAGGAACUGAAGUAUAUGUUGCGACUACUAGAUGACCUUACAGAUGAGAUAUUUGAGGAAAUCUUGCUUUUCUACUAUGAUGUCGAGGAAUCUAAACAGCCUAAAGAAUUUUCAGAUAAUGUUUUUCAGUUUCUGAAAAAUAACAUAAAGAAUAAUCCUGUUACAACUCUGUCUCUUAUACAUUUUAUACAAGAACACCAUCACAAUGCCAUUAACCUAGACAAAAUACAACCAAUAUAUUUAGAAAUGUUGAGAAAUGAAUUUAUAGAAAACCAGUGUUCAGAUAAACUAAUGACAAUGAUAUCAGUAAUGAGAUGGGAUAGUAAGUUCUUGCCUCAGUUUACUCAAGAGAUACUGAUGCCACUCACAGCAGACUCAUAUCGGCAGUUUAGGAAACAAAUUCUAAUAAGUCUCAUACCUUAUGAAAAGCCUGAACUUUUACAUUUAGCUUCAGAUAAUAUGCAGAAAAAUGAACCACACAAGGAGUUUAAAUUGACACCAGAAUAUAUGUUGGAAUUAUGUUAUGAAGAUAAAAUACAUUGGUUGUUGAAAGCAGCCCAAGUUUACAAACAUCAAUUGCAUGACAUGAAAACUGUGACAUUUAAGAUAAAUAACUUUACAAAACAAAUACUUAUCAUGGUACUUAUUGAUCUAACAAAUAGUGCAGAAACUUAUGAUUUGCCCUCUCUAGUUCAUCAAUUGACUAACAUAUUUUCUAUACUUGAUACAUACACAACUACCGAUGAUCAACUACAGUUUUAUAUUACUGAAGUAAAAAGAGAAUUGACAAUAAUAAAAUUUUGCAUAGAGAACAACAGUAAAAUUAUGACAACAUCAAUAUUUAGUCAAGUAUUGACACAGAGUGCUUUAGCUGUGAUAUCCCAAGUGUGCAGGCUUUCUAAAAUAGAUAGAUAUAAAGUUUCAAGACUUUUAAAUAUGAACAAUGAUUUUGUCAAAGAAUUAAUGAGUUUGAAUUCUAAAAUCAACUCUGAGGCACAAGAAGAGUAUAAUACUAAUUGGGACAUUGUUACCUAUAAUAGUUAUUGUGCAAUAACAAAGAUUAUUGACUGUAUUUUAAAUUCAUCUGAACAAACAGAAGAAGCACAAGAUAUUACAUCUUCUUUAGAUGAAAUUAAACGUCUUGUUUUAUCAAUACAACCACUGCAUUGCUGUAUUGAAGUAAUUGAAAAUAUUUUUUCUUGUUUGUUCUUAAGGUAUGAAUAUUUUGCUUGCAAUGAAUAUAACCAAGAUUAUCCAUGCGGGACCCAUUCUGAAUGCUCUUAUUUUUAUUCUAAGAAACAAACCCAGCUUCCUCAGAGCAUAGACACCAAUAAUUCAGGAUUUAUGUGCAAUUCAUUGACAACACAAAUUGUUUUGAACACUCUCAAAAUAUGUUUGGAAAAAUUAGAGGAGAAUGUAAAUGUUCAUGAGAUUGAUCAGAACAUUACUACAAGACUGAAACAUUUAGUGAAAGUAGUUAAUCAUUCAAUAUGGAAACUGCAACUGGUCUCAACACUCUCUCCAGAUACAAGUCCAGUACAGUUGAAGCUCUGUUUGGACUAUGUGGAGGUGGAUGAGAGCAGUGAAGAAGAUGAUAAAGAACUUGAUGUGAAAGUUUUGAGAAAGAAGCCGAAAUGCAGAAGAAGGCACACAAAUCCAAAGCAUGAUAAGGAUCAAAUCAUGCUUGCUUCCACAAUUUCUGCUAAUGGUGAAGCUUUGUCGGGCAAAGGAAGCGGGAUUGAUUUCAUCUCCAUUAUGUUGGCUAAACCAAACUGCUUGGUAGCACUUGCACUUUACAACAAUGACUUUUCCAAAGCUAACCAGAUUCUUGAGAUGUUCGAUCUGGCUGAUUCUGAAAUUGCAACAGAAGUUACAUUUACUGAACAGUUGCGACACCUGGUGGCUAAAAUAAAAAAUAUUAUAUAUUAUAGAGACGACACUCGUUAUGCCACAAAAGAGCUUUCAACGUUGUCGGUGGUCUCUACUGAAGUCAUGGGUCUUGUUGAAGGAUUUCUAGCAUCUAAUAGAGCACCUAAUUCGUUUGAUGUGAUAGAUUUGUCAUCAAGGCAUCCACAUCUCCAGUUAUACAAUCAUCAAAAUGCACCUUUCAUUAAUGCAGUUGAUAUACUGCUCAGUAGUGGACUCAACAGAGAAAUUACUUACGGCUUAAUAAAUGUCGUGGAAAGAAAGUUAGCUGAAGUCAGGAGCUGCACUGAUAUAGCUGCAGUCAAGAAAACCAAUUAUAUUCGUUUUGUUGAAGAUAUAGCCAGUGUUACAUUUGAAGUAUUCGGAAAUAUGGAGAAAGCAUUUAAUUUUGUAGAUAAUAUUUGUGGCCUGAUUACAGACUGCCGUAUUCCUAUUAAGCAUAAAGAGUUUUGCAAGUUGAAUCAACUCUCUAGAGAUUUGAGACAGUCUUGUGAUGAUUUGAUUGAUAUUGUAAACUCGGUAGAAGAAAAGACCUUGGAUCAAAAUUUGUUGCAGAAAUAUCAUCAAAUUUACAUGAACGUCGUCGCGGCGUCCGAUAAAGAUAUAUGCAAUGUUGGAGAAGUUUCACGACAUGGCAACAAAAAAACUCGAACUCCAUAUCUGAGAAUGUGUUAUAUGUAUUGCAAAACAGUCUUCCAAUUGGAACAAGAAGAGAAUCGUACGGACGACACGGCGUCAGAAAAGCCUUAUUUCUUUGUUCUGGAAAAACAACUUCAUGAUAUAUUUGGAAAUAUGAUAAAUAACAAACAUAUUUCUGUGACAAACUUGGAACCUAUAUGUAAAAAAUUGAAUAUCGAUCUGAUACCAAAGUUAAUUUUAAAUUUCUGUCCAUCUAUAACAUUAGCAGGCCCUCAUAAGGAAGCGACUGAAAUUAAUUUUAACAACUUACUUCAAGCGGUAUAUGAUUUCAAAAAUCCAGAAGAAAAUUUGUUUUUGGAUCCUGUAGCUAACUUCGCUCCAUUACCACGAGCGCCGGACCCACAAUCGCUGACAUAUGUAAUCAUGCAUAACUGGGUGCUUGCGCAUAUUAUUAAAAAAAUCCACACGGCACCAACUGAAAAUAGCUUUCAGCAAAGUAUAGAUGCUCGAACAAAAGCAUUGAAUAAUUAUAUGGAACUGGAGAGAUUUAACUGCUUGAAAGUUCUGUUUGGUGGAAACAAAUACCUAGCUUCAUUGCAUACUACCAUUGAUUUAGACAAACUUUUCUUAUAUAUGCCCCAAUUGAUAGCAUCUGGUAAAAUUUUGAAGUGCUUAAAUAUUAUCGACUCGCUGUCAGAACGCCAACAAAUGUGUAGUGCCAAUCUAAACAAUUUACGAGAUUUGAUUUUAUUUAAACUGGCAACAAAUCCUAAAAUCAGUAACAGUUGGAAGUAUUGCCAAUUCCUGAAAUGUCCAGAAUUGAAGGUUGAUCUUAUUUUGAAUAAUUUAAACAUUUGGUGUGCUGAAGGCGCUUUAGAGCUGUUGGACUACUUACGUUUCCUUUCGAACCAGGAAAGUUUAGAAGAAGAAUUGUAUAAAAAAUGCACUGAUUGGAUAGUCAAAAUACCUCUUUACGAUCAGAUAGCGUCCAUUAUGGGGGAAAGUCAUUGGUAUAAUAUUUAUGAAAAGUCCUUGAAUAAUCCAGAGAACAUUAUUGAAUUACUUUUGGAGAGUCAACAGUUUCAACUUUGUUUGGAAUGGGCAGAUGUGCAAGAAAUAUCAGAAAAUAUGAAGAACUUGAUUGUAAUGAAUCUGCUGCGGCAGCUAUUUGAGUAUACAAACCAGGCCACUCCCACUCUUGUACAUGAGCUUCUGUUGAGACUUCCCACUAAUCAGGCAAUGGAUUUGAUCCAAAAAGAAUUGUCUAAAGUGAGAAACAUUGAAAUACUCCAAGUGUGCAUUGAUUUUAUCUCAGAAAACUCUUUUGACUGGAAGGUGUAUGAGAACAUUAAAGUGGGCUUGCAAAUAAUGCAAGAAAUCGAUGUUAACAUGCGUCAUCUGUUCUGGGAUCUGAUAGAAAAGCCGUUACUCAUGAUUGAACAAUUUCUUAUGAACGCUAAAUUGGAUGUACUUACAAAUAUAAUAAAUAAAAUUUCGCCGAACUUGAAAAAAGAUCCUUCUGGUGAUAAUCUUUAUUAUAAUAUUAAAGCAAUAGACAAUGUUAUAAUUUCUCGGAAUGCCUUAGAUGCGUUGCUGAGAUAUUACGCUGAGAAGGCGUUAGAUAUGAAAAAUCCUGGGAACACAUGGUCCGUGCCGCCUAAACCCACGGAUGAUUCUUUGCUACAAUCGAUUGAUUCGAUAAACCUGGAGGCGGCUAUUAGACCCUUUGUAAUGCCAGAACAAGUCCCGACCAAGGAGCAGUGGGUGGAAGAUUAUUCGGCCGACAGAUGUAUGUUGUGCCGCACGUCUAUAUUCUCUAUGAUCAUCCGCAGACAUCAUUGCAGACGAUGUGGUAGACUUGUUUGUCACGCUUGCUCAAGAAAUAGAAUGCAGGUUCCCACAUACCCAAGUGGCGUCAAGUUCCGUGUAUGCGACGACUGCUACACACAGACUAUGCACAGGAAAGCAAACACAGAUUCAGAGUUCAUAAUAAGCAGUAACUCCGACUCGGCUGGCAGCGGGGUCUCCUGUAUGGACUGGUGUUUGUCGAGCAGCGCAAGCAAAAAUGAAGCAGUUAGAGCAGAGUUUGGCUACGAAUUCACACCAAACGUCACUCUCUGCUUGUCCAUAAUGAAAAUGCAUUCCAUAAAUUUAGAUUAUCCCAGGUUUCUCCUCGACCGCAGCGACGAGCUGGGCGGCGAGGUGUGGGGCGGCGACGCGCGGCUGCUGGUGCGCGCGCGCCGCUCGCUGCUACUCGCCGCUGCCGAGCUCUACUCGCGCUCGCCCGCUACAUCCGCCACAUCCGCCGGCACGUCGCACAAUGCGGCGUGGCGCGUGUGGGAGGCGGGCGCGGCGCACACGGCGCGCUGCGCGGCGCACGCGGACGCCAUGGCCACGCUCGUGCGGCACCAGGCGCACCACCUCGCCGCGCCGCCGCACCGCGCCGCGCUGCCCAGUCAUAUUGUACGUUCACUUCUGGAAGCGGAAAAAUGGGAGCUAGCUUUGGAAAUAGCGACAAAAUCUGGUCUACCUCGGAACAGCGUGCUAGCCGCUUGGGGUAAAGCAUGUCUCAAGGCGGGCUGUUUCAAACAGGCGCGCGAGAAAUUCGCGAUAUGCUUUAAGAAUACAGUAAAUGUGAGUGUUGAUACGGAGGACUGCGAAUAUGGAAAAGAGGCGCAGGAAUCUCAACUGGUGAACAAGAGAUUGCACAGUCUGAGGUCAUCACAGAGAUCCAGCUCGACGUCGAGCGUACUGUCGGACGGCCGGUCGCGUACCAACUCACCGUUGCUCAACGAAAUCAUUGGCCUGAUUGAAAAUAUGAACUAUCCCGUUAAUCAGCAACUACUGCAAAAAGCUGAUGCGAUAAAGAGCACCAAUGAGAAAUUAGCAACAAUGAACACAAGUAAAAAGCGAAUACAGCUCAUAGAGCCAGCAUUAAACAUAAUGCACACGUUAACUAGUGUAAAAAAAAUUAAACAAGGAGAUUACAGCGAUUUUCAAACUGCUGUGAUACCACCAAAGAAGAGCUUGGCUCAAGGCUUACUACGGAGAAGCAAUCAGCAACCAGAGCCAAAAACAAACCACAAAAACAAAAGAUUGGAUCCAUUCUUUUACAAAGAAUGUGUAUACUAUUUAAGUAACUAUGGAUCACACGUGGCAAAUAUAGCAUUUUAUAUGAAACACAGUGAUAUGGGAGAAGUAAUUAGAUACUGCUAUGAUAAUCUAGUCGACAAGGAAACGUUUACGGAAUAUGUAUAUAUGGAAUGCUUGAAGAAGGACAAAGUAGACGAGUUGUUGAAAGCCAUGACGGAUAGCGAUAGCACGUUAGAAAUGUGGUCGGAGUACAUAAUGCACGUGUGCCGCACGCUGGAGGCGUCGCGGCGGCUGGAGGCGCUGUACGCGCUGCAGGUGGGCAGCGCGCAGCACGCGCGGGCGUGCGCCACGUGCGCGCUGCUGUUCGCGCGGCCGCUACCGCGCUCGCCCGCGCCCUUCGCCGCCCUGCGCGCGCGCCGCUCGCGCCUCACCGCCGCGCUCGCGCACCUCGCGCACUGUGUGCCCGCGCCCGCGCACAAGGAAAAUAAUCCGAAAUCGAUUCAAUUUCAUUUAAACAAAAUGACGAUAGACAACCUAAUGACAACAUUCACGCGACAAAUAGAACUGACCGACUAUUUAGCAGCUUGUGAAGAGAAUGGCAGAUUAACAGAGAAAACAUUAAACGAGGUCAUACCAAUUGCUAGUUUGAAAAAAGAAUCUGAAACAAAUGAUUUUAGACCAUUGACUCUUUUUGGGUCCAAUACAGAUAAAAUAAGAUUAGUUGCUGUUGUACUAGCGACGGGACAAAACAUCGAAGCUGGUUUCGAAUUGGGAUUCAAAAUUAUAACUGAACAUAAAUUGGACUCCAUGAACAUAUAUACGCAUGUGGCAAGAUAUUUGGUACAUGCAAACAGAUUUAUGGAAGUUAAAACGUUAGCAAAGUGUAUACGUACAUCUAAAGAAACUGCUGCAAACCUGAUGAGCGACCAAGUGCUGGAGUCGGGUGUUAGCGCAGUGGUAGCGCGUUGCGAGUCGCGCGGCCAGCUCUACGACGAGCAAGCCGAGCUACUCAUAUGUGAUAUACACAGCGUCUCAAUCAAGAUAUCGUGUUACCUGAUUUGCCGCAACCUUAGUAGCGCAUACAUAUUGGCAGCCCGGCACGAUCGCACCAACGACUUGCGUCGUGUGUUGCAGGAGGCCGAACGACUCGGCAACGACCAAGUUAAAAACGCUUGUCUUAAACGACUUACUUCCAAAAAUGUUUUGUAGUGCUAUUAGUGUAUUUUAAGUAACUAAAAUGUUGUUUUUGUAUAUUUUUCUAAAAUUAUCUCAUAUAACAAACUCAUAGUCUUACCAUAGUUUCUAGUCACUAAAUAUCAUCUAUUAUUGACUUGCUAUUUUUAUACAUUUUAUAAAUAUUAUUGGUAAAAUACUUUGAAUACUUUUUUUUAUAUAUAUAUUAGGUACCAAGUAUGAAAUGUGAUAUUUGUGUAUUCAGGUGAAUUCAAAAUAAAAAUGCACAAGAGUUCCUUUUUUACUCAAAGAGCAACUGUUUUCUCUAUAUAAUUAAUAAGAAAUUGCUCUUUUAUUAAUUUUAUAUUACCAAAGGAAAUCUGUAUUUGUUAUGUUGGAAACGAAAUGUUAUAUUAUUGACUGUAUCUGUGACUCACUCUAUACGUGCAUGUAUUAUCCUAUCCUGUAUUUUUAUUAUAUCAACAAAUAGCAAAAGCAUGUUAAUAUUGAAUUUAAAUAAUCCUAAAAUACAGUGGCAUAUAAUAUUCGUUUGUGCUUAUAUAAAAUAGGUCAAGAGAAAUGUGAUGAUUUGUACUUUUAAUUAAGGAAGCGCCUUAACUUGUGAUACCGCUUAUAAUAAUUUUAAACAAAAUGUUUAUUAUAACACUAAACACCAAUUGGUAUAACGACCUUAUUCAUUUUCCCCUAAGAAACAUCGUAAAUCAACCAAAAAUUUUGAGCCUCUUAUGCUAAUGGGACACAUCCAGCUGUUAGUGUGGGAUAGAUACUUUUUUAAACCAAUAAUUCUCUAUUUUAAUAUAUUCUACAGCAUGGGUAGAUUCUUAAUUAUAUGUACCACAAAUGACUUCGAUUUUACUCUGUGAAGUGUGCGGAAGAUAUAAAAAUAGAUUAUGUCCAUAAUGAAUAAAUACAUUUUUAGACCAGUAUUAUUCCACUUUAGUAUUUUAAUUGCAAUAACACAAUUUAAUCUUAACCAAGCAACCGCCUUCACUUUUAAGUCAUAUCGAGCCCUGACAAUUUGCUAUUGUUUAAUAACAACUAUCAUAAGUUAAUUAUUGUGUAUUUAUGUCGGCUUUACUCAUCUAUUUAAAUUCGACAUUGUCAGAUUACUUUUUGACUUGAUAAAAGCUUAAUUCUUGACUGUAUUGUGUAUUGAACCGUGGCAAUGAACAAGGUUCUCUGUUGCACCUGAAACCAGUUAGGCAACCCGGAAGUUAAACAUGUGAACAAAGAAUUUAAUUAUAAUCUUUUACGUCAUGUACUAAUUAAGUGGUAAUAUUAAGUAUUUUUGUUAUUAUAUCACUAGUUAUAAGUUGUAUACCCAUUUAAUAAUUGUUUUUUUAAAGAUUUAUUUCUAGUUUU